GGUAAAGGAGCCACCAAGGAAGGAUAUUGGUUUUACUCUGAGGGCCAGUUAGGGUUUGCAUAAGCCUCUGAGUUCCGUCGUCGUACCGUAAGUUGGUGUGACAGACAAAUUAAAUGUCUUCCUGCAGCGGCUUCGUAUUAUUUAUAGUUGCGAUACAGAAUGGGUAUAUUAGCCUGAAACCCCCAGAAAGGGAUCUGGAAGGGGGAACCGGCAACUGGGGAUCGAUCUGCAGUCAUUGGAUUCAGCGGUGGGCGCCGGGACCUUGCGUCCCUCCAGGGUUCGCCGGCGAUUGCCGAGAUUCUCCUAUUUCUCGGUCCAAACGAAUUCCUCCUUCUGUUUCUAUUUCCCCGGAACCUGUGAUUCUAGCCAACGAUCCAUGCUAUAAACAGAAGCUGCAGAGGAUCUAUAUUAAGUGUUUGAAGGAUGAUGCCAACGUAUCGAGUGGAUUCUGCGCGUUUAUAAAGAGAAAUAUAGAAGAGUGCAAUUAACUAAUGGCACCAACAAGAAUCAAAGCCAGAUACACAUAUAUGUAUACUCAAAAGGGUGUGUGAGAUCAGUAAAAAAAAAUGUUAUUUGCGGCCAUGCAUUACUAUUUACUAUUUGCCGCCAACCAAAAAAAAUAGAAUUCAAAAUUUAUUAUAUAUACGUCUCGGUAUAGGAGUUUCACGAACUACUUUUUUUUUACAAAAG